ACAACAUGGUGAUGAAGGGGAGCGCUCAAAAAAUCAUGUUGUUUUAGAAUUAGUGUCAAUUACUUUUAUCAUUGUAACGUAGGGAAGGCAGCAAAGGAAUUUAAGAUGUCCAUGCCAUUAUUACAUACAGUAACAGAUGUUGACUUGAGACCAGUUCUUAAUAAAUUAGGACACAAGUUAGAGGAGAUUCGUGUGAGGGCAUUGCAGAAUAUCUGGAGUAAAUUGGAGCAUGGGUUAAUCUGUGAAGCGGAUCUCGUUCAGGAAAGGAUUUUACAUAUAAAUCUGUUAGAAUGGUUUAAUCACAAUCACUGCCCGAAUAAAGAAGAGGUACUCAAACUCAUCAAGCGACUAAGUAAGCAUGGGUCAUCAGUCAAGCAGUUUCUGGAGAUUGGAGGGCCUAGUUUCUUAUCCAAACUUCGAGCAGAUACUGAUGAUUCUCUGAAGUCAAUCAUUGAUGACAUCUUGGACAAUCUACUCAGUUUACCAAAUCAAGAGGAAGCACCACAUACAACAGAAUGUAUCUAUCAACAUCAGCAGGCACACAACAAUGAGUCUGGAUGUAAACCGGUCCCGCAUGAGAUGAACAGGCCAUCAGUUGCAGAACAGAGUACAUCACAACUGCCUCAGCAAUAUGGCUAUUUCAAAAAUGGCACCAAAGUCAAUGUUCAGCACACAACUGGAUACAGUAAUUCAGUUAGUACUGGUAUUAAAGGUUUGAAGUUUUCUACAUUUCCUUGGCUUGCUUUAACCCCCACUGACAGACAUGUGUUGAUAUCAACCAACAGUUCACUAUGUAGUCCAAGACCAAGUCUGGUGCUUACUUCAUGUGAAUUCGUCAGUGAUGUGGUUCUUCAAGACUUUCCAGCUGAGAUUUUCCUACAGAGGCCAAGCAUCGCUAAGAGUCUGAUUUCCUUGGUUGGUCUGAAGCCGUUGAGUAGUGGGGACCAUUCUAUACCUUUGAGUGCCAUGAAAUGUUUGAGGGAGCUGUCAUCACUUCUAAUGUCAAGACAUGAAUUCUACCAUGAUCCAGCCCUCUACUGUCCCAAACAAGAUUUUGGAUCCCGGACAACCUCAUCAGCAUCUUCUGGCACUGGAAGAGCAUCUUGUUCAACUGGCCAAUCAACUCUGAGUUCAGACUCAAGACCCUCUGUGAUUGGACGAAAUGAACCUCGUGUUAGAGGGGAUGGAAGGGACCGAGAUUCACCUAGUUCAGUGGACUCUAGUCCAAUGGCUGCAGAGAUAUCUGCUUCUGGUUCAGAAACAGACAGUGAAGAUGCAAUGAUGCUUCAGUUCUCACAGCUAACUCUUGCCCAGUUUUCUUGUGAUGUCCUCGUUCAUGUCAUUCCACUACUGAAGACUGCUAAUACUGAGGUACUAAUGUCUGGUGUGUACCUUCUGAGAGAGGUAUUGAGGUUGAUUGAGAUCUCUAUAACAGCUGAUAUAUGGAAUGAUGAAUGUGCAGCAGGCAGAGCAUUGGUGGAUAAGUUAUGUGAUAGUUUUGAUAACCUUGGUGAAGUCCUCGAGUAUCAUUAUCAGCUGUGCCACAAUGAUGACCAUGAAUCAUCUACCAUUGUUUCUAAAGAUAGUUUAUUUAAUCACCGUCUCUCUAUGAUUGCCGUUCUCUCAUUGGUCAAGAAUCUACUGCAACAUCUUGUUCCUCUAGACAAGGCUGCUGACAUCUUACCUGAAGGUUUAGCAUUAUCAGUGUUUAAUGCUGUGACGGAUGCAGGCUUGGUGCACUGUUUACCUCAAGUUAGACCAGUGCUGCUUCCAUUUCUCAAGAAAUGUCUACCGAGUAAACACGCCUUGUAUAAGCACUCAGCUUCAGUUUGUACCUCCAUGGAGAAAGCUUGCCACUUCAUCCAACAGGUCGGUCAAAAGAAUCCCAACAUGAAGGAACUUCUUGAUUUAGCUGAGGCCAGUCUAAUGGGUCUUCAUUAUCACAAGGUUGUAUCUGUGGUGGAUAAAUAUGUGCAACUAUGUUCAACCAUAUGCUGUUUGUCAUCAGGGAAUGAUGAGGAUCUCAUAAUACAGUCCAGAAAGAUCCUACUUCAAUUAUUAGCUUAUCCUGAGGAGACUAUACAAACACAAACAUAUGCAGCAUGUCUGAAUAUCAUCAAGGAUGUUAUUAAUGUCAAAGAAGUUGUUAAGCCCAAUGCUGAUGAAAUGAGACGGAUUGUGUUUCUCUUUGAUACACACAUUCUGUAUGAGAUAUGCUGCUUUGGAUUGAAGAAUAGUAACAAAGACAAGGUGUGUAGGCAUGCUGAAGAGUUAUUGUUACAUCUUCUACAAGGUAAACUGAUUAUGGGUUGCAGUAUAUGGCAUGACUUCCUGCAGGCUUGUAUUCCAGUAUUGCCUCUACUUGAGGGGGUAUCAGACACCAAGAGCCAGCUUUCCAGGUGUAUCCUGGAUCUAAUACAACCUUCAAUCCAUUGCGGUCAAGUAAGACAAUCUCAAGACUUGUCUGGUCUGGAAAAACUAAGAGGAUCAUUAAGGCUACUGUUCUGUGCAGAGCAAAGUGUACGUCUUGAAGGAGCGAAGGCUUUGAUGUGGUAUCUCUCUCAAGAAGCAGAUAAAUCAAGGAAGCUUCCAUCUUUAGAUAUGUACACAUUGAAAGAUGUAGCUGACCUCCUCUUCAUGGAUCAUCCUGUUAGUCUAGACGUGCAAGACUCGGGACCUUCAGCUUUUACCAUUGAGGGCCUUCUUCAAGUCUUUGGUAUUUUUACCGCUGUUAACAGUGAGGAUGAUCUGAGAAAAUCAGCACUGGAGCAGAUAGCUAUCAUCGUUCAAGAUGUGAGUGUCCAUAAAGCCUUCUUGUCUCAAGGUGGUUUGGAGAAGGUGAUAGAAUGCAUACAGCAAGUUACAAGUGUAUCUAUGGAUAGCUUCAAGCAGAAUAAGUUGCUGUUGAUUCCAGCAUGUAUGUGUAUCUUGCGUCACAUCCUACAUGCUAAUGUAUCAUUAAGACAUCGGUUAGCGCAUCAAGAUAGUAUCUACUUGCUCCUGCUUAGAGGUGCUUUGUUGUGCUACACAGACUCACGUGUCCGGUACCAUGCAUCCCAUAUCAUGGUUUUACUGCUUUUUGAUGAGGUUGCCUCUCUAUCUACAGAUGAGAACCAGUCUGUAAACCACUUUAGUCUUCCUAAAUGUGUAUCACAAAAGUACAGGCUUCCAUUCCGUUGUGCUACUGUCAAGUCACAAAGUAUCCAUCGAAUAGAACUGCCAUUAUUGGAUGAUGCAAUGAAAAGAUCCCCUGUUGCAUGGAGAAUGGUGAAGCUAUUAUGGAAUACUGCAUGGUAUGGUGGUAUCAAGGAUAUGAUACAGAGGAUUCAGUCUAGUACACUACUAGAGUCUCCAACCAGCUUUGACCCAGACCUAGUGCUAUCGAAGGAAGAGCAAGAUUUGAUGACAUGUAGUCAUAUAACAACAAGCCUGACUGAAUGUUUAAAAUCACUACAAGAAGCUACACACCAUUAUGCAGUCAAGAUGUCGCUAUGGAGGUUAUCAUUAUGGCUCCUGACUGACAUGGUGGCUCAAGAUGGCACCAAUAAAUCCAACCCAGACAUCACACAGUGUCUAGUGCAACUAGAAUUCAAUACAGUUUUGGCAAGAUUCAUUGCAGUGUUUCCAUCAAACACUGAUGAUAAGCUGUUACUCGCUGAAGUGCUAUCCUUCCUUAUGCUCCUACUGAAAUCACUGGCUUUGCACCCACCACAUACCGACUUCUUACACUGGUUGGGGAAUAUGUCCUGCAAUCCAAAGUGUACAAUAACAGAUCUAGUUAUUCGAUCUAAGCAUGAUGUUACAGAGAGUGACAGACAAGGAAGGCAUGAGGAUGUGUCUACAACAUCACAACGAUUACUACAUAAACAACUACUGGCUUUCCUGGGUUUCUAUAUACAGAGUUUACCUCUGUCAUGCCAAGCUUGGAGAAGGAAGACUGGUUACUUAGGGGGCUCCUUAACCCAUGCUUUGCUAUUGAGUCUCAACUCUGCCGAUGCUACUCAUUUCUAUGAUCUUCCUUCAUUGGAGAACACACUACAUGCUUUAGUUCAUGUAACUGCAAGGCCUGGCUGGAGUCUAGACUGGGCAGAUGGAGACAGUAUGUCACUUUGUCAACUCCUGUUGAAUUCAUUGCUAGAGGUAGUAUCUGCUUUCCAUGUAGGACGAGGAGGGACAGCCAUGUCAUAUAUGGGCAAAGGAGUAACAAAGAGCGCCACUCUCUGCUUGUGUCACUUAGCCCAUGAGAUGGCCACUAGGUCUCAUCAAAAGAGUUGGCCAAGUGAAUGGCUGUAUACAAGGCAGAGACAAGACGAGCAAGCAGAUGUUGGGCUUGGAUGGUUGACUCCCCUUUGGUCAUAUCGAGAUCCUGAGGUGAGAGCAGCUGGCUUAGCUAUAGCAGCCAUUUUGUCUUCUACUGAAGAAGGACGUGUUACCGUGACAACAGGUUGUGAGCAUCUGCCAGGUGGAUUAUGGGCCAUGGCAUUUGGAGUUCUUCUUGACCAAUCAGAGUGCAGUAUUGUCCGCCAACAGGCAACUUUGUUGCUGGUGAACCUGUUAAGCCAAGAUCAGCACAGUGGCAACCCAGAAGAGGCUGGUAUACAUAAAGUAUGGGCUGGGCUUGUUAUAGAUGACCAACACACAAAGGUAGGCGGUCAUUUUGAUAUACAUAAAGUAUGGGCUGGGCUUGUUAUAGAUGACCAACACACAAAGGUUUCUGUAUGCGGUUUGCCAGCCCUUCUUGCUGUACUGAAACACUACAAUGUAUAUGAAAGUUUGAGGUUGUCGUUAUGUUACUACUACGGUCAUGCUAGCAUCCAACCAGUCAGUGUUGUAGAAGAGUCUACUGUAGCAUCAAGCAGUGUCGCAUCAGCUCCAUCUACAACAACUACAACAGAUCUUGGUAGUAAUCAAGGUGACAGUGGUAGUUAUACACCUGCAAGCAUUGAACAACCUUUCUUACUGAAUGGUCUACAGCCUCAGAUUUUGAGUGCUACAGUUAACAGCAAUCAUGAAGUGAACACCUUACUCACUCUGCAGAAUGAUCAAGGUUCCAGCAGACCUGACUCAUCUCAAUCCAGUAGUACAGUGAGCAUUCCACAUUCCAAUGGACGUUACAUCAGUGUAGUUACUCCAAGCUUCAUAUCAGCAAUAUGUCGACUUCUCCUCAAUCUCUUAGCUUUGUCUCCCAAAGAAACCAAGCCAUCUAUGGAUGAAUACAACAUUAACCAAAGCUUGAUCAGAUUGAUUGAUGUUGAGCACAUCUCAGGUCUCUUGCAUCACCUCUCAGUGACAUCUACCCAAGAACAAAGAAAGAUUCGGUUACAGUUGUCAGCACAUCUUACCAUGUACAGAGAUAUCUUACAGCUUCUUCAAGCUUACAAGCGCACACAGAAUCCUAACAAAUCUCCAACCGCUAAUAUUGACACUACAGAAUUAGUGCUUGCUUGUAGAUUGCUUGGUGUAUCCAGCACAGAGGCAACAGGGUCUUGUACCUGGAAGUACAUCCAUGAUGUAUGGGAAAGUACAUUCUCUCUUAUGCUCACUCAUAUCGCCACGUUGCACCAAGCUAAGCUCAAGGAUCUGUUGCCGGUCAUGGUCAAAUAUUGGAAAAAUAUCACAGAUUCAAUGAUACAUAUCAUGAAGACACCAAUGGAUUCAUCUACCAGGAUAGUUGCACUCAACUUCUUAAGUACACUACUGUCAGGAUUGCAGUACAGAGUGAGCAAUAAAGCUGCAUUGAAGCAGUGUAGUAGGCAAGAGGAUUCUCAAGAUGAGGAGGAUCUUAUCAAGGACUUACUGGAAGUUCUAGAUGAUACAGGUCACACUACAUGCAGUGGAAUCACCUUGUGCAAUGUACUACUUGAAGCAUAUGAUGGUACCCUACCUAGAUGUGUAGAUACAGCAGGAUGCACUCAUGAAAUGGCUAGUAUAAUAUGUGCACUGAGGAACCUCUUAGCAUUCAGUCAACAGGCCAAGACAACAGCCAUUCAAUCUGGUUUAGUGGACUCCCUGGUUGACAGCAUGCAGCACACACACGCCAAACUGAAUAUACAAUGUCUUCAACAUCCAAGGCCUAGUGCCAAGAAGAAGGAAGAGCCACUGUUAUUGAAGCUUAUUGGUCAGAUGGAGUUACUGCAGAAUUGCCUGUACCAAUGCAAGGAUGCUAAGAUGACGGCCCUGGAAGCAGGACUCACCGUGGUACUUCUCAAGCUAUGGUCAUGGAGUAUUCUAGACAAUAGGUUACUAUUGUCUACUUUAUCCCUUCUGACUGUAUAUACAGCCAACUUCCUACCAGCUUGUUCAUCCGUAGUUCAAUGUGCUCCAGGUCAAAGGGGAUCUUCUUUAUUUCAUCGUAUCAUACAACAGCUUGAUAGGAAUAGAGGAUUUAUGAAUGGUCAAUCAGGAGAUGAACAACUCAUUAAUCAGAGAAUAAUACACGUACUCAGUAACGCAGUGUGGUCAGCAGAGUGUAGAAAUGCUCUAUGGAAGACUGGUUUCCUGCAAAACUUCAGUCAAGUGCAACAGAGGAAAAGGAAACCCACUAAACAGUCUCCAGCAAGCCAACAGUUAUCUGCUGCCCUCUGGCUUCACCUUCUUGCCAAUCUGACCUUUUCGCCCGAAGGUCAACAAAUGGUGAUGAGAAUUCCAGAAGCGUUGGAUUUAUUGCUGGUGUUUGGUGAGUCAUCCAGUGGUAGUGAUGUGGAGUAUCUAGCGACUCUGAUUCUACGUAAUCUGUGCUUUCCCAGUGCAAACAAGCCCAAGUUACUAGCUUCAGAUAAACUUUUACUUUUCUUUGAGAGCAAGCUGAAGUCUGGAGUGCCAUCAGUGCGAUACAUAGCAGUUGAUGCCAUGUGGGCGUUACUCUAUGGAAGCCAAAAGGCAAAGGCAAUCCUUAAAGGAUCAACCAUAUUCCAGAGUCUUCUUGAUAGUCAAAGUUCAACACUGGUCAUUCACCCUCAACCUUUGACACUAAGAAAAGGUCAUGAAAGGUUAGCUGAUAUGAAUGAAGCUCUAUCCAAUGUGGUGGCAUUGAUGGUUGAUUAAUACGUGUUCGGUUGAGUAGCCUAGAUUUAACUUGUUUAAGACAUUGUGGUGAGGUGUGGUUUACUUCCUAACAUAAAGACAGGCUGUUUAAACAGAGAAAGCUCUUGUGGAUUGUAUGUUGCUGUUAAAGAUGUGGUGAGUUGCAAGUUACUCAUCAUAGAAGUUAUUAAACAGAGAAAGCUUUUGUGGAACCAUUCUUUUGAAUGUACUUACAACUUUACUAGGAAAACUUGCAUCACUCAACUUCCAUUGCAUAUUGAGUAAAUAGUUUGAUUUGGUUUGUAUUAAUUUGAUUCAAUGCAGUAUGUGCCAACAGUUGCUACUAUACAGUUGUAGUUUGUACACAAAUUGUCAAGUCGUAAAGGCAGUGGACACUAUUGGUAAUUACUCAAAAUAAUUAUU